UGCCAGGACUGGGUCCCUUCCUUCAAGGCAGCAGGUUCCCUUCUGGCCCAGGGUGUGUCUAGAAAUGUAACUUGGGAGCUAGAACCUGGAACAAGGGCCUUAUGACUCUGACUGGUGCCCUAUCCUGCCAUGGCUGAGCUAGUAUCCAAGAUGCAAGACAAAGUCCUCCCCACUCUUACCUCUCCUCUCCUCAAGGGAAAGGAAGGGGUCUCUUUUGGAUUGAUGAGCUGUGCGGCUUGGGGCUGGUUGAGGGGCAAUGCCACUACUCCCUUGGCUGCUCCAGCUCGUGUCUCAGUAUGUCAUGUACCCCUCAGUCCACUGUCUCUGGGCCUAGUUGAGCACUAGGAUUUGCCUAAGAUUUACAGUCCUUAAGGCCUAGACUGCCUUUCAAGUUUACCUGGAGGCACAGCGCACUGUAGCCCUCGGUGGUGAGGUUUGCAGAACUCAAGUUCUGACUGCUGGGACUGGCAAUUCCCCUGUGUCUAGGCCUGGGUUAAAUGCUCCCUCCGUGGAUGGGCAUCAGCUGAGUUUGGUCCAGUUUUCCUCUCUGAUCCAACAGGACAGCACUGAGUUCAAUGCCUCACAAUUGCUGUAUUUUCCCUUCCCCAGCACCCAGAAAGGCUCUCUGCACCAUGCUGGAGGGGUGGCACUGGCGAUUCAGGACUAUUGUUUCUAUCUCUUCAGUGACUCUUUCAGCCAUAUGAAGUUAAAACCAGCAACUCCAGAGUUUUUAGGACUUGGACUCUGCUUUAGACUUGUGCUCAGACUGUCUCCACAAAAGUGGUCCGUUUCCUCAUCCAAUGAGCUCUGCCUGUUUGUCUGUGUGACACUCCAGUGGAAGGAAGCCAAGAGCCUAUAGUAGCGAUCCUGGGGAAAAUUUCAGCAGCUGGGGCCAUGUAAUUUAAAACCUCUGAAAAGUGUGCUGCAGUCCGUGCACAGCAUUAGUAUAACGUGAGGGCUGAAUGCAGCCCGUUCUCUGGAGAACUUCCUCACACACCACAGCAAAGAGAAGACUGAAAGACAAACCUGGGUGCAGCCGGAGAGGUCCAGAUAGAUGAGCUUGUGGCAUCCAUUCCCCAAGUUCAGGGACUCCACGUACCCCAGCUGGGUCUCAUUGUUCCAGAACUGCAUUAGUUAAGAUUACCCAAACUUGGAUUUCAAAGGAAUACUUUCAUUGUUCCGUCUGUAACACGAAGUAAUUGGGGCCAGCUGGAUGUCAGGAUGCGUGUGGUUACCAUUGUAAUCUUGCUCUGCUUUUGCAAAGCUGCUGAGCUGCGCAAAGCAGGCCCAGGCACUGUGAGAAGCCGAGUGAAUCAUGGCCGGGCGGGUGGAGGCCGGAGAGGCUCCAACCCGGUGAAACGCUACGCACCAGGCCUCCCGUGUGACGUGUACACAUACCUCCAUGAGAAAUACUUAGAUUGUCAAGAAAGAAAAUUAGUUUAUGUGCUGCCUAGUUGGCCUCAGGAUUUGCUGCACAUGCUGCUAGCAAGAAACAAGAUCCGCAUAUUGAAGAACAACAUGUUUUCCAAGUUUAAAAAGCUGAAAAGCCUGGAUCUGCAGCAGAAUGAGAUCUCUAAAAUUGAGAGUGAGGCAUUCUUUGGUUUAAACAAACUCACCACCCUCUUACUGCAGCACAACCAGAUCAAAGUCUUGACGGAGGAAGUGUUCAUUUACACACCUCUCUUGAGCUACCUGCGUCUUUAUGACAACCCCUGGCACUGUACUUGUGAGAUAGAAACGCUUAUUUCAAUGUUGCAGAUUCCCAGGAACCGGAAUUUGGGGAACUACGCCAAGUGCGAAAGUCCACAAGAACAAAAAAAUAAAAAACUGCGGCAGAUAAAAUCUGAACAGUUGUGUAAUGAAGAAGAAAAGGAACAAUUGGACCCGAAACCCCAAGUGUCAGGGAGACCCCCAGUCAUCAAGCCUGAGGUGGACUCAACUUUUUGCCACAAUUACAUGUUUCCUAUACAAACACUGGACUGCAAAAGGAAAGAGUUGAAAAAAGUGCCAAACAACAUCCCUCCAGAUAUUGUUAAACUUGACUUGUCAUACAAUAAAAUCAACCAACUUCGACCCAAGGAAUUUGAAGAUGUUCAUGAGCUGAAGAAAUUAAACCUCAGCAGCAAUGGCAUUGAAUUCAUUGAUCCCGCUGCUUUUUUAGGGCUCACACAUUUAGAAGAAUUAGAUUUAUCAAACAACAGUCUGCAAAACUUUGACUAUGGUGUAUUAGAAGACUUGUAUUUUUUGAAACUCUUGUGGCUCAGAGAUAACCCUUGGAGAUGUGACUACAACAUUCACUACCUCUACUACUGGUUAAAGCACCACUACAAUGUCCAUUUUAAUGGCCUGGAAUGCAAAACGCCUGAAGAAUACAAAGGAUGGUCUGUGGGAAAAUAUAUUAGAAGUUACUAUGAAGAAUGCCCCAAAGACAAGUUACCAGCAUAUCCUGAGUCAUUUGACCAAGACACAGAAGAUGAUGAAUGGGAAAAAAAACAUAGAGAUCACACCGCAAAGAAGCAAAGCGUAAUAAUUACUAUAGUGGGAUAAGGUAGAAAUUGUUCUGAUUGUAAUUAGUUUUGUAUUUUCUAUACUGGUGUUAGAAAACAUAUGUUUACAUUUGAUUAACUGUGUUGCCUAUUUAUGCAGGGUAAUCCAGCUAAAGGAAGCUUUCUUUAAUUAUGAUAAGUAUUAUCGUGACUAUUAUAGUAAUCAAAGGAAUACUGUCAUCCUGCUUGCCUGUCCAUUUGUGGAACAGCAUCUGGUGAUAUGCAAUUCCACACUGGUAACCUGCAGCAGUUGGGUCCUAAUGAUGGCAUUAGAAUUUCAUAAUGUCCUGUACAAAUGUUUUUACUGCUUUUUGAAAAUAAAGAAAAAAAACUUGGUUCAUGUUUACAUGCCUUUCAAUAGCUGUUUGUGCAUACCUGAAGAUGAUCAAAAUGAUUUUAUACAAAUGCUGUUUUAAUAAAAUGUCAUUCCCUACCCCUCUACUUUUUUUCAGUAAGUCAUCUUAUACGUUAAAUAAAUUUCCAUUUCUGAUUUCUGUGCAUUCCAAAA